AUGGAGCGGAGUCCCGGUGAAGAAAGGCGAGGAAUGCACAAAAUGAGUGCUACGGAGCGUCGUCAAAGGAUCAUGCGUCGUAUUCACACUCUCCAGUCCGAAGACACCGGAUAUAGUAAUGAAGCGGAUUCGCGUCGGAGUAGCACUGCUUCAGUGAAGGAUGAAGCAUCGGCACCUCCAUCCGCUUCAAUUAAUCCAAACUUGUUGUUUGUGCCAGAUAUUAGAUCGCUCGGCUUGGAUCGUGGUGAAGUGCCACCGCAUAAAAGGGAUGCCAUUGAGAAGAUCCCAAUGCGAGCCAGAUCACAAAGUUGGCUUAUUCGGACAAGACAUCUUCUUCAUGAAGAAAGAGAACCACCACCACUUAUUUCUCAUAUGAUGCUCAUCUUCUCUUUUCUUCUCAUUCUACUCUCAUUUCCGUGGUGUCUAUUCUUUUGUGUAAAAGUAGUCAAAGAAUAUCAAAGAGCUGUCAUAUUCCGGUUGGGUAGGCUUAUCAAGGGAGGAACGAAAGGUCCCGGAUUGUUUUUUGUUUUGCCAUGCAUCGACACAAUGAAAAUAGUGGACCUUCGUGUGUUGUCGUUCGAUGUUCCACCACAAGAAAUUUUGAGUCGAGACUCUGUGACAGUGUCUGUGGAAGCUGUAAUCUAUUUCCGUGUCUCCAAUCCAGUUAUCUCUGUGACAAAUGUCAAUGAUGCUCAAUUCAGUACACGCCUUCUGGCUCAAACAACUUUGAGAAAUGUCUUGGGUACAAAAACGCUCAGUGAAAUGCUCAGUGAACGUGAUGCUAUUGCCAGUAUCACUGAGAAAGUUCUCGACGAAGGAACUGAUCCGUGGGGUGUAAAGGUGGAGAGAGUUGAGAUCAAGGAUAUUCGCCUUCCUCAUCAACUUAUGAGAAGUAUGGCCGCAGAAGCAGAAGCUGUCAGAAAGGCACGUGCUGCUAUCAUUGCUGCCCAAGGAGAGAAAGAUGCUAGCGCAUGUCUCCAAACUGCUGCUGACACCAUUGCCCAGAAUAAGAUGACAAUUCAGUUGAGAUAUUUGCAGACGUUAGUUAAGAUUUCUGCUGAAAGGAACAACACAAUCGUGAUGCCAUAUCCCAUAGAAGUUGCCAAACAUUUUAUGAAAAAAUGGCAUAACAAAACUUGA